AUGGAUGCUCAACAAGGCGAGCAAACGCCACAGCAGCCCCAAUUAGCAGAGGGACAAAGUACCGAGGAAUCUAAGCAGACAACCCAUCAGUCCAAGGGUCCACGGACUGACGCUGGCUGGGCUUGGGUGGUUCUAUGCGGUGCCUUCAUGGUGUACUUCACCACGAUGGGUUUCGCGAUGUCUAUUAGUGUGUAUCUGCCCGUUUGGAUGGAUUAUUUGGAGGCUGACGCGGCGACCACAAGCUUGGUUAUAUCCAUGUGUACACUAUCGAGGGGAAUUUCUGGUCCCUUGUCAAGUGCACUUUGCACCAAGUUUGGACCCCGCAAAGUGACAAUUGUGGGCGGAGUUAUCACAGCAGGAGGGAUAGCCUUAAUGUCACUGUCCCCAUCCAUCACAGUCCUGAUUCUGUUGAGUUCAAUACCGGGAUUGGGUAUCAGCUUCGCAUUUGUCUCCACUAUGCAAGUGCUGGGUUUGUACUUCCACAAAAGGUACACUCUUGCUGUUGGAAUAGCUUUGGCGGGAAUCAGCAUAGGCCAACUGGCUUUUCCUGCAUUGAUCACACUCUUCAUUGAUACGUAUGGCUGGAAGGGAUCCAUCCUUAUAACAUCAGCAAUCACUUUUCACAUAUGCGCCGCGGGGGCACUCAUGAGGCCAGUUACUCGCAAGAAGAGGCAAAAGACAGGGACAGAGGAGAAGGAAGAAAAAACAAACGAGUCUGUCAAGGAGGAACAAGAUUCGCAACCGGGUGACCAGGUAGACAUCGGAGAUAACGAAGGCAGUGAUGGUUCUAGUGAUAGGUCUGAUGCCAACAGCAAUGGUGACUUCUCAGAUGAAAUUAAUGAGGAGCAAAGUGAUGACGAAGACGUCGCCGUCAUUAUAGCCGACACGGAUGAACUUACCAACGAUGGCAAUGCUCCCCCGAUCGAGGACUUCACAUGCAUCCUGGUAGCAGCAAUUGAAGAGGGUGGACUUGCUCAAGUAAUGGAUUCCGAUUCAGUUAUCUCUGAGAAUAAACCAACCACGUUCAUUGGAUAUAUAAAUCUGCGUUGGUCUAAGAUGAAGCACUUCUUGCUAGACGAGUACGGUCUCAGACGACUGGUACACAACGGCAGGUUUAUGUUGAUGUUGGUUGCGUAUUUCUUUCAAGGUUUUGGAAUGCUGAGUAUCUCGUUUGUCGUGUCUCGUGCGGCAUCUGUCGGUAUUGAUCUCGACAGGUCCGCUCUUCUGCUGUCUGUGUUUGGUGUUGGAGGCUUGAUAGGCCGCAUCGGUCCCGGCUGGUUCAUUGAUAAGAAAUACAUCAGUGCCAUGACGGCCUACGUGUUGAGCUUAGCCGUGUACGGUGCAUUUGCUGCUCUCAUGCCAGCAUUUGUUGCCUUCGGGCCACUGGUAGUUGUAUCCGUUGUGAUGGGAGUAGGAGCGGGGGGAUCAGGUUCUCUGUCAAUGGUCGUCAUUCGUUCCCUCGUGAAGCCUGGUGAUGUUGCUGCGGCCCUAGGAAUCAUGCUGGUUUUCGUAGCAAGUGGGAUCGUCGUUGGAACCUUAGUGGGAGGUUUGAUCUACGACAACACGAAAAGCUACGACGUUGCAUUCUUCACAGGUGGGGCUAUUCUACUGGUGGCUGCACUAUUGGCAUUUGUCGUGUACUUUCUCCAGAGGGCCCACAAGAAACGACAUCUACCUGUGGCCAGGUUUUGGGCGAAGCUACCGAGAAAAAUGAAACUCAAGCAUCUGUCUAAGUCGGCAUCCUACAAGGUCAAUUCGAAACUGGCCGGUUCACAAAAUGGCGACUUGGGGAUAGUCAACCCCUUACACACUCUUACUCCGAGUGGUAUCUUGGAAAACGACGCUAUUACAACACACGGUGAAGGUGCAAAUGUAGUAGUUGUGAACCCUUUAUUUGAGUCCGUGGAAACUUCAAGUUCAGAGGAAAAUACGACUGAGGUGUCGGCAACGGAGUGUGAACCAUCUCCCGAGUUACCGAUGGGAGAGUCAUGCCCGGAGAGCCAGCCAAAUGGGAUGGACUGCCUCGCUGUCGAUUCGGCAGCAAUCGUCCCCAUCUCGACAACACCGAUAGAUGCUCCUGUCUGCAUCAAUCAAGACACCAGGGACUCGGACACAUCGUCUGAUGGCUCCGAAUCGGGACUGAAUUGUUGCAGCGAGAGCAUGGACCCUGAAAGAGGUUUCGAAAAUCCCGCCUUUGACUCGGACACAUCGUCUGAUGGCUCCGAAUCCGGACAGAGUAAUUGCAGCGAGAGCAUGGAUCCUGAAAGAGGAUUUGAAAAUCCCGCCUUUGACGUCGAGACUACCGAUGCGGUGUCACGUGACGACGACGAACUGACGAUGGACACCAGUAACAUUUCAGAAUUUGACACCGACCUCUAAAUCGAAAAUGAAGGUCCAAAAAGGAACCAUAUAAGAAUCAUAUUGUUCACGUUUGAGUGUCCCCCCACCCCCCGUAAUUGUCAUUAUACAUUUACCUCUGGGCAUCACGACUUUAACAUAGCCGGUGAUCCCAUUUUUUCAAGUACAAAUUAAACAUCAUUUUUCCCCCGAAUUUGGGUGUACAUGUAGGUCUAUAUUUCGAAGUCAAUCUGUGUUGUUAGUAUUAACUAAGAAUGCGGAAGGCUCUGGGUAGUUAAACCAAAGAUUGUAGAAAAACUCAUCUGUGUUCAACGAAGAACAAGUUUUGAAUAUAGGUGUACAUAUUAAAAGUCUUGCACAAUAUUGUGUAACUAACAGUUACACAAUCAAGUCGGGUUUGGAAUAUCCCACCCCGUGGUUCAGUUUCCUACCUUUCUAUGCCAAUAUACCCAAUUGGUAUACACAUUUUUCAAGAGAUGCAGUAAUGUUUAUUAGAGCAUUGUUGGCUGUUGUUUUCACGUCAACGGUGCUUAGACUCCGUGACUGAAGAGAUACGACUAAGGUUUUCAUGGCAAGCUGAUAACCCUUCUUUAUGAUGCAACCGUAGUGAGAGUGUUAAGUGCAUAUUAAACACAGCAACAAAUAAAUAAAUAAAUAAAAUGGAAAGUCCUCACUCAUUGGCGCAGUAAUUUUGAAUGUGAUUGUCUGGUGAUGACGUUAUUUGUGUAGAGCUUUGGGAUUUUUUCCAGCUACAUUUUGUCACAAAUACUUGUUUCACCAACUGUAGUACACACUA